CACGCACAAUACUAAUCAGCCAUUAAUUCAAGCCCAAAAGUUUGAAUCUUUUACCUCGACAGGGGCCAGUAAACUGGAGAGACGAGAAGAGCGGGAAGCCGGAUGGGGAAUCGGCGGGCACGCGGCUACCGAUGGAUUUGCGGCGACGAUCCGGAAAUGCAAUCAGCGCCAAGAACACCGAUGGACGACCGAAGGCGCUGGAGAAGAUGGCGAUGGCGACGGGUCACAGGCGACGGGGAAGACGACGAUGGAGACGGGGAACGGCGACGAGGAGGAACGACGCUGGGGAAGAUGGCGACGGCGAUGGCGACGGGUCACAGGCGACGGGUAAGACGACGAUGGAGACGGGGAACGGCGACGAGGAGGAAGGAUUUGGAGUCGGAAGCGGCGCUUCCUUGUCUCCACGAAGAAGAAUGAAAAUUAGGGUUCUCCCGAACAGCCCGACCCCGACCCACCUUCCCCUUUAAUUUUCGGUCUUUUUGUUUUUUUGUUUUUAAUUAAACCAACCGGCCGAAUGUAAAAAACCGGACGACCGGCUCGAGCGGUUAACCGCUUCGGCCGCUCGCCGGCCGCCCCAGAGAACCAGUCCGUCUAAAUAGCUUAUCCGAGCCGGUUUUGUGCCCGGAUGGCGGUUUUGGCGGCUCGGCUCGGCUUUCACAGCAAUGGUAUUCCCGGUAUGUUGACAAACGUUUUCAUAGGUGUUACACCUACAUCUAGGAAUGGCAAUGGGGAGAGUUUGUGGUGGGUUUCCCGUACUGUCUCCAACGCCUCUGUUUUCGAAGGAAUGAAAGUGUUGACACCAAAAAUUAAUUUGACCGGAAUUAAAUGCCGCAUUAAUUAGUCUUGGCAUUUAAUUCGAUACCACGGAUAAAAACCGGUGUCGCAUAGAGACAAGCGGCAUCGCGGAGAGUUAAAACGAUACCGCGAAACAGAAAAACGGUACCGCAAGGAAGCUCACCGGUAUCGCGGCACUGGAAACGACACUGUUUACCAGAAAACAGGAUGUGGUUCGCGCGCGUAGUAUUGGUGGAGUUAUUAUUAUUAUUAUUAUUAUUAUUAUUAUUAUUAUUCCUUGUGGGAAGGGGAGAAGCGGUACCGCAUGGAGACAAGCGGCACCGCGGAGAGUUAAAACGGUACCGCAAGGAGGCUCAGCGGAACCGCUGCACCAGAAACGUCACCGUUUACCGGGAAUUAAGAUGUGGGCCGCACGUUUGAUAUUGGUGUUGAAAAAGAUUUUUGAUUAUUAUUAUUAUUAUUAUUAUUAUUAUUAUUAUUAUUCCUUGUCGGAAGGGGAGAAGCGGUACCGCAUGGAGACAAGCGGCAUCGCGGAGAAGUAAAACGGUACCUCGAAUUUAAAAACGAUGCCGCGAGAGACCUUGAUCAGCGGUGCCGAUUAAUUAAAAACCAUAUUGGGUAAGUGAUUGGCCCAAAAAUCCGCCCAGCCCAAACGUGCAAAAUCGCGGCAAUUUAGUGCGUUGGUGUUUCUUUUUAUUAUGUUAUGCGGUGUGGUUUAAUUCAAAACGGUAACGCGGGUAGGCCCAACGGUACCGCUUAACAAACGAUAAUGUUUAAAAUAUUUAAACAAUGUCGCGAGGAAAAGCAAACAGAGUCGAUUUGGCGCUAAUGAUGUCGUUGGUCAACACACGAGUUUGACUAGUGAUGUCCGGAUGAAUUAAUUAAUAUUUUUUAUGAUUAUUUAGGACGGUGUCGUUUAGUUGAAAACGAUGUCGAAAGAGGGAAAAAUUGACACCGCGGAUUAGAAUUCGAUACCGCGAGUAAGCCAACGGUACCGAUUUAUUAGCAAACGACAGUGUUAAAUUUAAAACACUGUCACGAAGCUCAAAGCUCAACGACAUUGCGGGACUAGAAAACGAUGUUGUUUAACUAAGAACCGCGCCGAGGGACUAGAGUUUGACGGCGAGUUAACAAUGAGAGUUGGUUUAAUUAAUUAGUAUUUUAUAAUUAUUUUAGACUGUGCCGUUUAGUUGAAUACGACGCAGCGGAAGGUAAAAAUAACACUGCGGUACUAGGAAAGAAACGACAUUGUUUAGUCAAAGACAAUGUUGCAAGAGUUUAAAAAUGCCUUGAAAGUGAAGUUGUUUUGCCCAAAACAAGGUCGCGAGCUCGACGACAUUGAUGAGCUUUAGUUCAAUGUUGAGAAACUCAACAACACCGUGAAUUCAAUAAAGUUGGGCAUCAAUGGUGGGAAUUCGACGAUGCUAGGAUACUAAGAGCUACGUUGUUUAGAGAGCAAUGUUGUAAGCCAUGAAUCACCAUCGAAAAUGGCAUUGAUGUUGUGAGUGCAUUGAUGUUGCAAGGCUGGGAGCUCAGUGUUGCGGUGUUGUUUGUGAUACGUCGUCGUUUUAUGAAUAAGGAUGAAUGUAGUUU